UCAGGUUGUAGUUAAUAUAUCGUUAAAAUUGAAAUAAAUUUACUUUCGAAAAAAAAAUUGUACCAAAAAUUUAUGAACCUAUCGGGUGAACAUUUAAGACAAAAUGUCUUUAUGACCGAGACGGGAAAUUUAUAGUGACCCAUUAAGUAAAAAUUCAAAAUUGAUCGACAGAGACGGCAACGUAGGGGGUUAUAGUUUAUCACGCAAUACGAACCUUUAUCAAUCUGUACAGUCAAGUCACUGCUCCACCCCAAGAAACACCUGAGUUAGUUCUUUCGCGUGCCGCCGUGGAACACGAGAAUAAUAAUCGAAAAUGUGCCGCGUAAAUUUGAAUUUUUUCUUUAUUUUAACGGUGCUCUACACUUGCUUAGCUCGAGACGUGCUUAAAGUGGAUAUUCCCAAUCAGGGGGUCGUUAUAGGACAAGAAUUGUCACGAUUUAGAAUACAAAAAAUUAUUGCAUUUUAUGGAAUACCCUACGCGCAACCCCCUUUGGGAGCGUACAGGUUUUCUCCACCCAUUACAAAUCCCCUGCCUAAUUGGCAGGGCGAGAAAAAUGACUCUGAUUACCAACCGGCGUGUCUUCAAGGAAAGGAAGAUUAUAAAGAAUCUGAAUUACCACUUUUGCAGUUGCUGGCCAAUAUAGAGUUCCCUAGUAAUAUCAGCGAGGACUGUUUGUAUCUCAACGUAUUUACACCACAAGGAAAACCACCGCCUGGAGGAUUUGCUACAAUUAUAUGGUUCCAUCCCGGUAAUUUCACCACGGGAAUCCCUUCAAUUUGGGACCCACAUACCGUAGUGUACCGUCAAAGAGUAAUUAUCGUCACAUUUUCGUGGCGUUUGAAUAUUAUGGGAUUUUUCACUACAAUGGAUGGCGAAGCCCCUGGAAAUUAUGGCCUGAUGGAUCAGCAAGCAGCCAUGCAAUGGGUCAAAAACAAUAUCCAAUUGUUCGGAGGUAAUCCUGAAAAUAUUUGUAUUAUGGGAUAUGGGACAGGUGCGACGAGCAUUGGAAUUCACAUGACGAAUUCAGGUUCCAGGGGCCUCUUCAAUAAAGCGAUAGCGAUGAGCGCAAAUUUAUUUCAGUCCACCUCGGUCAGAUACCCCGAAGAAGACAAGCCAAUCAUAGACCAAUUAGUUACAGAUUUCGGAUGUAUAAGAAAACCGACGUCAUUGUUCAUCGAUUGCUUAAGACACGUCGAUCCGAAUCUGUUGGUGCAACAAACGUCAAACGUGAAUUGGAGACCACUGAUCGAUAAAGAUUUGAGCCACAAUAAUAGCGCACCGUUUCUGCCGGAACCGCCGAAAAACUUAUUUUCCCGCGGGGAAUUUCAACGGGUGCCUUUGUUGACGGGCUACACCGACAUGGAACAAGCGCUGGAAUUUGCGAAUUCCGACAGUUUCGCAGGAAAUUUUUCCUUUGAGGUUUUGCGACAAAUGUUAAGACAACUCGCUAUGGCCGACGUGCCCCAACUAAACGACACAGACGAUUCUUGCCUUUACAACUACGACCACAUAGUUGACGCCGCGAUGUUUUUUUAUUCGCCGACUGUGUUAGAAAGCAAUCCGGACAACUUUAGAAAGAUCGUUAUCAAUUUUAUGCUGGAGAAAACUUACGCUUCCUCGACGGUGCUUUUAGCGACUUACAUGAGCAAAGAGCAACCAACUUAUGUGUACCGAUUUGACAUGAAACCAACUACGUUGUACGCCAAUAAAAAUAUCCCGGAUUGGGUAAGCGUACCCCAUCUGUUCGACCUUAUUUACGUAUGGGGGGUUCCCUAUUGGGACUCGGAACAACAGUGGGACCCAAGGGACAAACGAAUAUCAGACACAAUUAUGUCAUUUUGGACUAAUUUUGCAAAGAAUUCCGAUCCGACUGAAAAGAGCAUUUAUCCCGUCAAGUGGUACCCGUUUGUCCAAGACAAUCCGAAAAUUUUAAUAAUCGAUAAUAACUUUAAUAUGAGCACGGCGCGCAGUUUAAAUUACAAAGCGUUUGAGUUUUGGAACGAUUUUUACCCGAAAGUGUUCGAUAUCGCUACCCAGUGUUGCGGUUAUUCGGAAUCCAGUGCUUCCUUGCAUUUUCAUCAGACAUCUCCCUUGGUUGUGGCAAUCCUUAUAUUGCUUAUAUUCUAAUUCUUUUAUUUGAUUAGGCUAUUGCUCUACACUAUCCGGUACCUAGAUUAAUUAAUAGUAAUUAGUGUAAUCUCGAACAAAUCUCGAAAUAUUAGGAAAAAAGUUAUUUAUAUAAUAUUUUUGUUAGUGCUGUAAAGGAAAUAUCUAAUAUCCAAGAACAUGUUAUUUUAACUAUUAUUUAAAACAAUAAUCAUUUUUUGUUAUCAAAAUUAUUAUAAUGCAAUUAGGCAAGCACUUUUUAAAAGUUCGUUAGUAACAUUAAUCUGAGAUUACGUCAUCAGCAUUGCUGCGCAUAUAGGAGCUUCUUAUUAUCCCAUUUAUUUAUAUAAAAAAGACCAAACCAACAAAGUGCCCUCUGAUUGCCGAAAACGUCUUCCCCUAAAUGUAAUUACCACAGGGAGACAAUUAAAAUUUAAAGUAGUAAAUAUUGUACACAUUAUCGUUUAUCACUGUAGUAUUUGUAUUAUACAUAAAUAUUUGCAAACGAUGCUUUAAUAAAAUAUUUAUUUAAACGAAAUUGUUAAACUUUGUUACCAAAAAAAAAAAUAAAAUGUGCGGCUGUCACAUUGUCAUAGAUAUUUCACGUAAUUUUUUACUCUUUUGCUAAACUAUAACUAUAUUAUUUAUCUAGUACCGGCUCUUAGUAUUUCUUUUAUUGUCCAAACAUAAUU